AAUUGUUUAUAAAAAAUCUACGUAAAAACUUCAAUCUUUCCAAAUACGUAUUGAGAUAAACGCGGUUAAUUUAAAGUAGUUUUUUUAACCUAAAACAACAAAACACCGCGUGACCCUAAUAACGGUUUGUAAUUGGUUAAAACGAAAUAGUCCUAAACCACGUGCUUCUCCCCAAAUCGAAACGAAUAACGAAUCGACAAUUCGUUUAUAAUGGGUCACAGCAAGCGUACCAAAAAGGAUCAAAAUUCGACCUCCAAGCGAUACGAAGAACCCGAAUCCACCACGGUUGCGGAAAAGAAACCAAAGAAUGGUAAGAAACUCAAGUUUGAGAAACAAGAUUCACCUGAAAAGUUGAAAAUAACAACACGUAUCUCCAAAGUGGAAGUUGAUAGGAAAAAACGCUGCAAAAGGACUAAAAAACAGGCUAAAAACUUUAAAACAGUACAAAAAGUAGAUGUCGUAGAAGAAGAUGAAGAGUUUGCCAGUGAUUCCAAUGAGGCAAGUCAAGACUCUGAUAAAAAAUUUGACAGGAAUGUUAAAAACGAAAAGAAAGUGCAAGAUGUGAACAAAAACAAAAAACGAAUGAGUGUUAUUUCCGAGGAUAUUACAUUUCCAGAGAAAGAUCUUAAUGAAUUACUUCAAAGGAUGCUUAUAGCUAUCCCAGAAAAUGAUUGUUUACUUUAUAACACAAGAGUAGAAAAGUUAAAUUGGGAUGAUAUUUCUUUUAAAAAAUACACUGGUGAUGAAUGUAAAUCACAAUGGUUAUUAUUACAAAGCAAUGUUCGAAGAUUUCGUUUAUUAAGCGAACUGAUUCAAUCCGCUAAAGAUUUGAUUCACAAACCAGGAGUACGUGCAAAAAAUUCAAGACAUCCAGAUAUGCCGAAAAGGCCUUUGUCGUCAUUUAUGCUCUUUGCGAUGGACAAAAGAAAUAAAAUUCGAGCUGAAAACCCUGAUUUGGAAGUCACAGAAAUCUCUAAAAUAGCCACACAAAUGUACAAAGCUUUACCGCCAUCCAAGAAAGAAAAAUAUAUUAAAGAAGCCGCUGAAAAACGGAAGGUUUAUGACGCUGAAAUGCUUGAAUUCAAUCGUUUACAUCCAGAAACGGAAAAUCCAACAAGAAAUACGUCAUCGGUACCGAAGAAACCAAAUACACCAUUUAUGCUAUUUUACGAAUCCGAGUUGGAAAAUUUGGAUAAGAAAACAAAAGAUAAAGACAGUAAUAAAGAAUUUAAGGAUCUGUGUAAGGAGAAAUGGAAAGAUAUGACAGAUAAAAAAAAGGUGAUUUAUAUUAACUGGUCCCUGGACCAAGAAAAUAAAUAUUACGAUGAAUUAAAAAUGUAUAAAAUGCAAAAUCCAAAUUUCGUUCCAUUACCAAAAAAGUCAGUUCUAACCAAAGAGGAAAAAAUGUUGAGAGAACGUAUUGCUGGAAAACCAUUAAAACCACCCAAUUCCGCAUACAGUCUUUAUUCCAGAAUGAUGUUACAAAGUGAUGAAAUAAAAAACAUCAAUCCCAAAGAUCGUAUGGUGUACAUAGCCGAUAAGUGGAAAAGUUGUUCAGAUGAGGAAAAAAAAGAUUAUAAUGAUAGAAUAGUGCACCUUCGCGAACAGUACAAAUUGGAUUUUGCGUCAUAUUUAGAAUCAUUACCAGAAGAAAAAAGACAAGAAGAAAUAAGGAAUACACUGCCAAAACGGAAACGAAAUAUAAAAAAUGAAGAAAUUGCUUUGUAUAAUAAAAAAGUUAAAACGGAGGAUGAAAAUGACACGAAAUUAAAUAAAGAGAAUGUUAAGAAAUCGAAGCUGAAUCCGGAAAGUGGAUUAGAUAAUGGAAAACACGAAAAAAAGAAAGUUUCGAAAAAAGACGAACCAUUUUCGAAGCCGCCGUAUUGGAAUCGAAUGAAGAAAGACGAAAAACAAAGUUUCAGAACUGCCAUGCUGAAAUUAAGGAAACAUUUGGAAUCCAAAUUUGAAUAUCAUGUUGAUGACAGAGAUUCAGUGUCUUCGGGAGAAGAGGAAAAUUCUUGGGGCGAAGCAUCAUCAUCAGAUUCAUCUUCAGACGAAAGUAGUUAAAACAAGUUUUUUUUUAAUGAUUAUUUUUUAUAAAUUUAAACGUUUACUUACUGUUUCAAUU